CCAACCCCUUCGUUUUAAUGCGACCUCGCCCAUCAAUUCACUCUCUCACUCUCUCACACUCCCCUGCGCUGCACCUGCUUUUACCCUCGUCGGCUCAGCGAGCUCACCGGUCGACUGCUGAGCUUGGCCGGCGGUAGCUAGGUAGGUGGGAUGGCUGCGGCGCGGUCGGCAUUGGCGUCGGCCGGCCGUGCGGCGAACGAGGCGGUGAGCUUGGUGGUGUUCAUGCUGCUGGACGUGGUGGAGGUGCUCCUGUGCGUGGUGUACAAGGUGGCGGACUACAUGCUGGAGGGCGCGUGGCGGCCGUGCUACUGCUCCUCGUCGUCGUCCUCGGGGGCGGCGGCGGCGUCCGGGAAGAUCGUCGUGUCGGAGCGCGGCGGGUCCAAGGUGGUCAGCAUGCUGUCGUCGACCAAGCUGCACCUGGAGGACAUCUCCGACACGCUGUACACGCGCCCGUCGGUGCUCGCCGGCGCCGCGUCGGCGACCCGGUCGUCGCCCCCGCCCUCCUCCCGGCGCGGCGCCACCACGGUCACGGUGCACUCCGCCAUCGUGCAGAUGCUGAGGGGCAAGAUCGGCGUCGACGGCGAAGGCGGGAAGCAGCACAAGCCGUACCCGUCGCCGAGGUGGUCCGACUGCCACUGCGCCAACUGCAACCCGGCCGACGCCGGCCGCCUCUUCGUCCACGUCGAGGCGCCCCCCGACGGCGCGGCGACGGAGGAGGACGUGCUGUUCAUCCACGGGUUCAUCUCGUCGUCGGGGUUCUGGACGGAGACGGUGCUGCCGAACGUGAGCCAGGGCGCCCGCGCGCGGCGGCGGCUGUUCGCCGUCGACCUCCUCGGCUUCGGCCGCAGCCCCAAGCCGGCCGACUCGCUGUACACGCUCCGGGAGCACGUCGAGAUGAUCGAGCGCUCCGUCAUCGAGCGGCACGGGGUGAAGUCGUUCCACAUUGUCGCCCACUCCCUCGGCUCCAUCCUCGCGCUCGCCCUCGCCGUCAAGUACCCCGCCGCCGUCCGCUCCCUCACCCUCGUCGCGCCGCCAUACUUCCCGGUGCCGAGAGGGGAGGUCGGGACGCAGUACGUGCUGAGGACGGUGGCGCCGCGGCGGGUGUGGCCGGCGAUCGCGUUCGGCGCGUCGGUGGCGUGCUGGUACGAGCACCUCAGCCGCACCGUCAGCAUCGUGCUCUGCAAGCACCACCGCCUCUGGGAGCUCGCCUUCCGCGUCUUCACCUUUUACAGGGUCAGAACAUACCUGAUGGAUGGUUUCUUCUGCCACACUCACAUCGCUUCGUGGCAUACCCUCCACAACAUCAUCUGUGGCAGCGCCGGCAAGAUUGACAAAUGCCUUGAGAUCGUCAGGGAUCAGCUCACUUGCGACGUCACCGUCUACCAUGGCAGGGAUGAUGAGCUCCUCCCUGUGCAAUGCAGUUAUGCAGUGAAGUCGAAAAUACCUCGUGCCCGUGUUAAGGUUAUCGACGGCAAAGAUCAUGUCACCAUUGUUGUCAAAAGGCAGAAAGAACUAGCAAUGGAGCUGGAGGAGAUCUGGAACAGACAACGGUGACAUGAUCACCAUGAGUAAAUAGGAGAAACCACAAAGUGUGUUAAGAUGCACCUCAUCGGAUGAGUCGAAGUUGGGUCUUCCAGAGAAGAGCAAGACUGCGACAAACAAACACAUUUCUGAAUGCAACAGGAAACUGAAGAGCAAACAAGGCUCAACAGAAAUGUGAAGGCUACCUGAUUAAUUUUACCUUUUUUUUCCUUCUCAAGUAUUCAUAUUGAAGGUUGGGAAAAUUCUUGCCGAGUCUUGUGUAUAAUUAUGAUAAAUGAGUCCUUCCAGGCUUUUCAGCUGUAAACCUGGACAGAAUGUGAUAUGAUUAACUUGUGGGGAUUAUUAGAA